AUAACACUAGAGUAUUUAUUAUUUUUACUCAGAAAAGUGGAGGUAAAUUUUCACCCUCAAGAGAUCAAAACACACAAUGGCCACAAAUAAAUAACUGCCCCCAAAAAAUAACAAACUAACUUUCCUAUAACCAUGCUUCCGACAAAACCUUCCUAUAAAUAUACCAACGUUGUCUUGGUGCACAACACAACCUAAUUUUCUUACAUCUUCUAAAACAAAUUACUCGAAAAUGGCAAGGCAUAUUCAAUUUUCAAUUCUCUUUGUUAUAGCUUUAUUCUUCUUUUCCCUCCCCAUUGUCGUGAACUCCCAAGGCUCUCCCGGCAAGGAAUCAUUUUACGUCGAAGGACAAGUGUAUUGUGACACUUGUCGUGCUCAAUUCAUUAAUAAGUUUACCCAGUUCAUGCCUGGUGCUACUGUAAAACUUCAAUGCAGAGGUGAUGACGAAGGCAACAUAACAUAUACCGUUACAGGUAAAACUAAUGAAAAAGGCGUCUAUCGCCUAUUUGUCGAAGGGGAUCAUGAGGAUGAAAUUUGCGAAAUCAAACUGAUUUCGAGCACCAUAAAAGAUUGUGAUGAAAUUCCUGACGAAGGAUGGGCAAAACAAUCAUCAAGAAUUACGAUCACAAAGAACAAUGGUAUGCAUGGUGAUGUACGCACAGCUAAUGCUCUUGGAUUCUUUAAGAAAGAAGCUCUACCAGAAUGUGUAGAACUCUACAAGGAAUUGGGUAUCUUGCCCCCAGAUCUGUGAACAAGAAGGAAUCUGAUUUAUUAAAAGAUCCUUAAUUUCCUCAUUUUUUUUUAUUUUUUAUCUUUUGUAAUAGCUUUGAAAGUACCAUUUUUUGUGUAUGGAAAUUUUGUUUUUUGUUUUUAUCAAAGUUCCCAAGAAUUUUCUUGUGGAAAGACAAUAAAAUUUUGUAGAUUAUGAGAAAAAAUCGAUAAUUGCAAC